AUGACGGAGAGCGCAGCAGAGUCAGGAAUCCUGGCGGCCUGGCACGCAUUCCGCAUUCCCACCAUCGUCGUCCUCACAGCCAUCGUUCUUUUUGUGCGCUUUUACAGUCAGCCAAAAGCAAAAACUCCCUCCUCGUCGUCGCUUCCUCCGUCUCCGCGGCUUGAAAAGGCCGUUGGCCUCGAAGACAAAACCCGCCCCGUCGUCCCUGCGGUCGAUGCAGAGAAAGACCAGCCCAAGGACAAGUCAAUUGCAUCAGGCCCAAAAAGAAUCGUGGGAACCCGCCAGCCCAGAGGCGCAAACAAGCGACAAGACGCAGAUCCGUCCGCUCGUCCUUCUUUUAUCAAGCCCGUCAUCUUCUUCGCUUCCUUGACGACAUCUACCGAGAGACGCGCACAGUGGCUAGAGGAAGAACUGCGUACUGCGGCCCAAGCCACAUCGAAAGGCGUCGACACGGAAUAUGGACUGCUUCCUCCUGAAAUCUAUGACCUGGCCGCAAUAGACUUUGAAGAUCAUUUCGUCUCCGCGCCCAAACCGCCGCCAAACUCGCCCCACACCCGAUACUUUUAUUGCUUCGUGAUCCCGACCUACAAUAUCGAUACUAUCAUCGACACAUUCCUCAGCCACCUGGACGAAACGCAUAAUGACUUUCGCAUUGAUACCGCGCCGCUUUCUGGCUUGGCCGGAUACUCCGUGUUUGGAUUCGGCGACACUGAAGGCUGGCCAACCGAGGAAGAGGGCUUUUGCUCACAGGCCAAAGACUUGGACCGUUGGAUGGCCAAACUGACCGGCAAGAGGCGUGCAUACCCAAUGGGAAUGGGCGAUACAAAGGCUGAUCCCGACCAAGCCCUGAAGGAAUGGACUACCGGACUGACCGAGGUUCUGGGCGAAAUUGUUGAAACUGGCGGUUUGGGCGAAGGUGUCCUUGGAAGCGGCGAUCCUGUCGAAAGUGACGAGGAAGACACGGACGAUGAUGAGGAGAGCGAACAAAAGCCCAAAAAAUCGAAAAAAGCACAAGCCGUGGUCGACCUCGAGGAUAUCAACAUUGGCGGCAGUGCCAAGAAGAGACGAGGCGACCCUUUGCCGGUCGACUUUACGACAAAAUCAGAAAAGGCGUCGAGUAAUCAGCCAACAGUGAAAGAGAUGGUUCCUUCGACAUCGCCCACAUACGCAUCUCUUACCAAGCAAGGAUACACAAUCGUGGGAUCACAUUCUGGUGUCAAGAUCUGUCGAUGGACCAAGUCUGCCAUGCGAGGUCGUGGCUCGUGCUACAAGUAUUCGUUCUAUGGCAUUAAAUCACAUCUCUGCAUGGAGACUACCCCGUCGUUAUCGUGCAGUAACAAGUGUGUCUUUUGCUGGCGCCACGGCACAAAUCCUGUUGGUACGACGUGGCGGUGGAAAGUCGACCCUCCGGACUUGAUCUUCAAGGGAGUCAAAGAGGGUCACUACAAAAAGAUCAAACUCAUGAAAGGCGUCCCGGGAGUUCGGGCAGAGCGAUUUGCUGAAGCCAUGCGCAUUAGGCAUUGUGCUCUGAGCUUGGUAGGAGAGCCAAUCUUCUACCCUCAUAUCAACGAAUUUGUUGGUAUGUUGCACGACGAGGAAAUUUCCAGCUUUUUAGUGUGCAAUGCGCAACACCCGGACCAACUCGCUACUCUCGACCGAGUGACGCAGUUGUAUGUGUCAAUUGAUGCUAGCAACCGGGACAGCUUAAAAAAAAUCGACCGUCCUCUUCACCGCGACUUUUGGGAACGCUUCCAGCGCUGUCUGGACAUUAUUCGCGAAAAGAGAAACGUUCAGCGAACCGUUUUCCGCUUGACUCUGGUCAAGGGGUUCAAUGUCGAGGAUGAAGUCAAAGGCUACGCUGACCUUGUUGAAAAGGCCCUGCCGUGCUUUGUGGAAGUCAAGGGCGUGACAUAUUGUGGCACAAGCUCGAGCGCCAGCGUUGGUCUCACCAUGAAGAAUGUGCCAUUCUACGAAGAAGUCGUCGCUUUUGUGGAGGCUCUCAAUGAAGAGCUUCAGAAGAGAGGUUUGAAAUACGGAAUCGGCGCAGAACACGCACAUAGUUGCUGUAUCCUGCUCGCAUCUGAGCGAUUCUAUGUCAAUGACAAAUGGCACACCCGCAUCGACUAUGAACGAUUCUUUGAACUGCUGCAAAAGGAAAAAUCAGAAGGAAUUUCGUUCCGCCCAGAAGACUACAUGCGAGAGACAGAGGAGUGGGCACUAUGGGGCAAUGGAGGCUUUGAUCCGAACGACACACGCGUUCGUAAGAAGGGGAAAAACAAGGACAAGCCGGCGGUUGAACAGGGAUGCUCUUGA